CUGAUAAUCUAAGCUUUCCUGGGUCGAACGGAAUAGUAUAGGCUCGGCCCAUAUAAACAAAGCAUUAAAUCUAGUUCGUAAGAACACGUUAUUGGCAGCUUCUCUCUUGCAAAUGGAGGACGUAGAGUCAUCAAAAGUCAAAUCUACACCACCCCCACCUUAUUUGGAGGUUAUAUGCAAAAGCUCUGGUAAAAUAAGCCGGUAUGCGGCAGGUACUAAGGCAGGUUUUGCAGUGAAUUUGAUAAAUAGGAAGUUGGGUAAUGGAAAUCCUCUUGCUUUGCAUAUUGAAGCAGUUAAAGAAGGGGAAGAACCAAUUAAUUUUGGCCCCAAUGCAGUUCUUGUGGAUUAUGGCAAGGAUUGGAAAUUACAAACAGUUACUGAAGAAGAUUAUGCGGAAGGUUUCAGAAGAAGAGAAAAGGAUCGGUUAUUUGCCACACAGGUGCCUGGUGUAAUGAGUUCUGACCGGACGGGUCCUCAAAAGACAAUUUCUAAACCUGGAAUCAGUUCCAUGUACAUUGGAAAGAUAUUGUUAGCAUUCAUUUUGAUGUUUGUACUUGGUGCAAUUUUCACAUUUGCUCUUGAGAAUCUUCCCAGAUUGAUAUUGUUUCUUAACUCAUCCAUGUAAUACUUUUUGUGAUAUUCUGAAGAAUGUUAUUCAGAUGUAUUAUGUCAUUUUAUACUUCUUUUGGGUCCUAUAGCAGGACAUUCAAACAA